CCUCUUCCUCUCCACUCCUCCUCCCUGCUUCCAGCACUAGCUCUUCCCAUCACCUCCAACUCCUCCAUGACCCGGCUCUGCUUACCCAGGACCAAAGCCCUUGUAGAUCUGAAUCCACUCCCUUCCAAGGGCCUAGGUGCUGGGGAGGGAUUGGGAAGUCCAGUCCAUCCAUGUGUGUCCCCCUGGCACCCUAGCCAGGCCCAGCUCCUGGACAGUGUCCUGGGGCUGGGGGCGCUAGGGCUGACAAUUCGAGCAAUCUUUUGCUCAGCUGGCCCAGCCCUGCUGCUGCUGCUGCUACUGGUCAGCUUCCUCACCUUUGACCUGCUCCACAGGCCCUCAGAUCCCACCAUACCGCAACACAGACUUCUCACAAGGGGCCAGAGUCAGGGGGCCGGUGAGGGUCCAGGACAGCAAGUGGCUCCUCUCCUCCCAACGGGGGCAAUCCCAGGACAACUCAGCCUCCAAGACUCACUACUCCUGCUGGGCCUGGGCCUGGGGCUGCUCCUGGGAGCCCGAGGCAUGCCCUUGGCCCUGCUGGGUGUGGCUUUCUGUCUCCAUCCUUGGGCUUGA